AAACACUUCAUUUCUCAACUCUUCAUGAGAUUAUAGCAUUCUGCAAUCUUUGCAAAGCUUUAAGGACCUAUCUUUUCACCUAAACAAAGCAGUGAUUCCAGCAUUUCUGAAGACUGUUGUGGAGGAGGUAACCAUUAAGGUAGAGCUAUAACUUGAACAAUCAGGAGUGAAUACAAUAAAAUUAUUUUGCCAAAAGAUUCAGAAGCCAUGAAUGAUUAUCAGUUUUCAGUAAUUAUGUUCUUAGUGGACAGUGACUUAAACCUGACGAAAAAAAUGGAAGAUGAAUGUAACAGAAUUCUUUCUGUUCUGAAUCAAGAAAAGUUCCCAAGCGCUGCCUUUGUGGGCAAUGUUAUAGAUUUGGUCCAAGAUAUAAAAUCACAUAAAGGCCUUAUUGACAGCCUUCGGAGAGAGAUUUUAAAAGUAAAAGGAAGAACUCUAGUGAAAAAGAGGAAUCAGGAAGAAGUGGGUCCUGCUACGCCUGCACCCACCACAAGUAAUGCUCUGAGAUCUGAAGGAGCAGACAAGACCCCUGUGCCUCAGAAAAGAAAAGUGACAAUCCAAGAAAGCACUGAAGCCAAAAGGAAUAAGGCAUCCCAAGAGCAGAGUCAGCCUCUCUUUCCUCUAAGACCCAGCACACCUGCAGCAACGGGCCAUCCCUUACCUGCCCAGAUAGCAUCAUCAGGUCUAUCCAAUGCUUCCUCGACUCAGAAUCAGAACACUCAAGCACAGCGUCAGGUGGCUGCCAGGGGAAAUGUUCUCCAAAAAGGCCAAAUGACAGUGAUGGUACUGAAAGCAACACAGCCAUUUGAAUAUGAGUCCCCUGACAAAGGGAAAAACAAAAUGUUUCAUGCUACAGUGGUCAGUAAGGCUCAGUUUUUCCAAACCUUCCAAGUGAAGGUUUUCGACAUCGACUUGAAAGACAAAUUCGUAAAACUGAAGAUCAUUACCAUAUCUGAUUACAUGGAAUGUAAUGGAAUCCUGGAGAUAAAUGAGGCAUCAUCCGUGUCUGAAGUUGGGCUUGCUCCAAAGUUGGAGGUCCCAAACAGCCUCCUCAGACAAGCAAACAAAACUCCCAAAAUUGAUUAUCUUCUCCAACAAGCAUCUGGAAUAAUCGUGUAUGGGUUGUUUACAUUACGAAAGAAAACAGUGAAGAGGAAGAUCACAAUCUAUGAAAUACAAGAUAAUACAGGAAGCAUUGAGGUAGUGGGGAAUGGAAAAUGGUACAAUAUCAAGUGUGAAGAAGGAGAUAAACUUCAACUCUACUGCUUUCAAAUGAGGAUAAUUGACUAUAAGCGGAGAUUGGUGUGUGGAAUUCACAGUUUCAUCAAGGUCAUCAAGACCAAGAAAAACAAGAAAGAAUCAAUGAAUUUUAAUUGAAAUCUGCAAGUUGAAACACACAACCCCUCCAAAUCAAUUAAGUUUUCAAUAAUAGUGAUUCAUGGAAAAGUUAAGACUUUCAUUUAAGUAAUAGAUUCAAAAGAUAUAUCCUAGCAUAUUAAGAGCCUGUAUAGCUGAGCUGUAGAUUAGGUUACUUUCUAAAGUAAAAUUUUCUUCUUAUACUCUUCUGUAUUUUCUAAAAACUUUGCAUCUAUGACAUUCUGAGUGCAAAAAAUAAAAAAACUUAAAGGAC